UUGGACAACCUUGAAUAGGGAGGUUUAACAGUCGUGCGAUGAGGACAAAAGUGCACUGUGUGCGAUCACCUAAUACAAAUAAAACGGCUUGAUAACACUCAUUUCAUUCAACUUGUGUGUGUGUCGAUUGAACACCAACUCAAAAGAUGGAUAAGAGAGGCUUUGUUCUUUGUCUCAUCCUUUUAAUUCAAGCAUGUGGGCCACUUCUCGCUCAGACAUCAGCUCCUGCUGAUUCUGCUGGUCUCAUGCAGCGUUGGAAAGACAGAGCCACGGAGGCCAAAGAGAAGAUGCAGCGUGUGGGGCAGGCGGUUCUAGGAUUGGCUGGAGCAUACUAUGAGGAUCACCUCCAACCAGUGGUCUCCAGUUACUACCAAAGGGUUUCCACCUGGAGAGACAAUCUGUGGGAGAACAUGCAAAGCAAAAUCAGCAGCUACAAUCCAUUUGGAGAGAAGUGAAGAGAAACAAAUGCAUUUAGAACUAUUCUGCUGUAGUUUCAUGUUAUCCACAAGAAAUGAUUAAAGUGUUAAAAACACUCAGCAA